AAGUGAAAGUAGGUUUAAGUUCUUCUCUGAUUAUAAGGAGCCAUUACAGUUAGCAAGGCAGGGUGUGACUUGUACAGAAAUGGCAGCAAACACUUCUGGUCUGGAAGAAGAGCUUUCUUGUGCUGUGUGCUGUGAGAUUUUCAAGGAUCCUGUAACUCUUCGUUGUAACCACAGCUUCUGUAAAGCAUGUCUGGAUCGCUACUGGCAAGAUGAGAAAACUCGGGAAUGUCCAGUGUGCAGGGAGAGGUCCUCAGGCCCUCAGCCGCCUGUGGAUUUCAGGCUCAGGAAUAUUGUGGAGUCCUUUUUAAAAGAACACAGUCACAAACCUACUGGAAUGCUCUGCAGUUUGCAUGAUGAAAAAUUGAAGCUGUUCUGCGUGGAUGAUGAAGAAGCUGUCUGUGUUGUUUGUCAAACUUCAGAGAAACAUAGAAAUCACAAGUUCCAGCCAGUCCCGGAAGCUGCAAGGGAUUAUAAGGAAGAACUCAAGACUACAAUGAAGCCCUUGCAGGACAAGCUGGAAUCCUUUAAUGAAGUUAAAAAAGAAUGUGAUAAAACAGCAAAGCACAUCAAGAAACAAGCCCAGCAAACAGAGAAGCAGAUAAAGGAGGAGUUUGAAAAACUUCACAAGUUUCUACGAGAUGAAGAAAAGGCCAGGAUAGCUGCACUGAGGGGGGAAGAGGAACAAAAGAAAAAACUCCUAGAAGACCAGUUGGAGAAUAUUACAAGAGAAAUAGCAACCCUUUCAGAUACAAUCCGAGUGAUGGAGCGGGAAAUGAAAGCAGAAGAAGUCUCGUUCCUUCAGAACUACAAAUAUACAAAGAGAAGAGCCGAGUGCACACUGCAGGAUCCAGAGUGUGUUUCAGGAGUGCUGAUAGAUGUAGCCAAGCACCUGGGCUCUCUGAAGUACAAAGUCUGGGAGAAGAUGCUGGGAAUUGUUCAAUACACUCCACUUACUCUAGACCCCAACACAGCACACCCUGAACUGAUACUGUCUGAGGAUCUAACAAGUGUGAGACACAGUGAUGAUAGACAGCAGCUUCCUGACAACCCAGAGCGGUUUGGUUACUGUGUUUUUGUGGUGGGCUCUGAGGGAUUCACUGCAGGGAAACACUGCUGGGAAGUUGAGGUGGGGAGCAAAACUAAAUGGGAUCUUGGUGUGACAAAAGAGUCCAGCAAGAGGAAAGGGGGCAUCAGUCUGAACCCAGAAGAAGGAUACUGGGCUAUAGCCCUGAGGGAUGGGGAUCGGUACAGUGUCUGCACCUCAGAACCGUCACCACUUGCUCUGAAGAAUAAACCAGAGAAGAUCAGAGUUCUGCUGGACUUUGACAGGGGGGAGGUGGCAUUCUUUGACGCCAGUGAUAUGAGACCUAUCUACACUUUUAAAGAGAGAUUUACUGAGAAAAUGUUUCCAUAUUUCUCUCCUUGCUUAAAUAAAGAUGGGAAAAACCCUGCCCCCCUUAAAAUCUGCCCUGUGAAGGCAGUUAUAAAAGUAGACUAGCCCAAUGUGUUCAGGAUAAAUAAUUGUGAUGUAUAAUACAACUACGACUGACAGGUCACACUUUUCUGGAACUCCUGCAGUUCAAUUUAACAGUUGUUUAAACUUUUUAUUUUCAAAAUCAUUUUACAUUUUCUUUUUUUCUAAAGUAGUAGUGCAUCGUUUGAUUUAAAAAUCUUUUGAUUUAGUUCUUUUAUUUUUAUAUAAAACACUGUUUUUGUCUUUUAUCUUUCUCUCCCUGUAGUUGUGUUUGUAAACAAGUGCAGGAGAGAUUUUAUUUUUCUUUCUUUUUUAAAAACACUUUUCAUUGAACUUUUAAUUUUACCUUAAAGGUUUUAUUUUUGUGUUUUUAAAAAUAUUAUUUUUAUAUACACAUCUGUUUUUGGUUUUGAGUUAAAAAUCGAUUUGUUUUUAAAUCCCCCAUCUCUGCUGUGUGCAGAGUGGGUGAAGGGCAGGCAGGGAGCACUGGCCAUGUGCUCCUUUGUUUUGCCCUUUUAUUUGAUUUUGUUUGAUUUUUUUAUGUUUAAAACUGUCUUGUUUUAAACUUUGAUUUAUUUUGAUUUCCUCUUUUAAGAUGGAAAAAAGGGAAAACAAAUUUUGUACCCCCAAAAAUUGUGUGUUUGUGUAUUAUUAUUAUUUUUUUUUAAUAAAUUAAAUAAAAAUGUG